UAGGUGGAUCUAUUUCGUACACUGGGGCCUUGGAAUCCCUGGUUAGCAUUGGUGUGAGUAUCGUCGUAAGAUCUUCAUCCUCUUGGAUGGAAGCAGAUGGAGCAAAAAUGUCCAGAGAUCUAUUGUAAGUAGAUAGAUGUUGAGUCUCCCUCCUGAGGGGCUGAUUCUCAGUUGAGUCACCUGCAGAAAAUUGCAAUGAACCUCAGAAUUGACGAGGAAUUACCAGAAAAAACUCACUCGAAUGAGAUUGUGAUUCCUCCUGGAAGGAAUUGCAGCAGAUGAUGCAGAGGAUGAUGAUUGAACACAUAAAGGGUAUACAAACAAAGAGGGUUUCGUAGUAAAACAUCCUGAUGUACGAGAAAUAGUAAAAAAUUCUUGGAAAAUGCAAAUUUUCACAUUUUCCGUAGAUUAGGCGCCAAUGCCCUUUAAUUUGGAUAAACCUGGAUAACAGCUGAUUUGAUUUUUCCCCUUCAAAUCGCUCUGAGAUCCCCCUAGCGUGAAGUGAGUGAGAGAAGUAGUCAGUGAAAAAAGCUAAAUAAAAAUGGCUGCAGCGCGUCGCGGUGGAGUAAAUACCGAAGAUUUGAGCAAUGUUGAGUUUGAAACAAGUGAGGAUAUUGAGGUGGUGCCCACCUUCAAUUCCAUGGGGCUCCGGGAGGAGCUGCUGCGUGGGAUUUACGCCUACGGUUUCGAGAAACCAUCGGCUAUACAGCAGCGCAGCAUCCUCCCAAUAGUCAAAGGACGCGAUGUGAUUGCCCAGGCACAGUCUGGUACCGGGAAAACUGCCACGUUUUCCAUUGCAAUUCUGCAGAGUUUGGAUACAACAAUCCGGGAGACGCAGGUUCUCUGCCUAUCGCCCACCCGGGAGCUUGCAGUUCAGAUCCAGAAAGUCAUCCUGGCUCUGGGGGAUUUCAUGAAUGUGCAGUGUCAUGCCUGCAUUGGAGGCACGAAUCUGGGAGAGGAUAUCCGAAAGCUGGACUACGGACAGCAUAUUGUGAGUGGAACACCGGGAAGGGUGUUUGACAUGAUCCGUCGGCGAGUGCUGAGGACACGCUCCAUCAAGAUGCUGGUGCUGGAUGAAGCCGAUGAGAUGCUGAACAAGGGCUUCAAGGAGCAAAUCUACGAUGUGUACCGAUAUCUUCCUCCAGCAACUCAGGUAUGCCUGAUUUCAGCCACUCUGCCCCAUGAGAUCCUCGAGAUGACAUCCAAGUUCAUGACUGACCCCAUUCGGAUCCUCGUGAAGCGCGAUGAGUUGACGUUGGAGGGCAUAAAGCAGUUUUUCGUGGCCGUGGAGCGAGAAGAGUGGAAGUUUGACACUCUGUGCGAUCUCUAUGACACUCUCACCAUCACCCAGGCCGUGAUCUUCUGCAACACCAAGAGGAAGGUGGACUGGCUGACGGAGAAGAUGCGUGAGGCCAAUUUCACCGUGAGCUCCAUGCACGGAGACAUGCCGCAGAAGGAAAGAGAUGAAAUCAUGAAGGAGUUCCGGUCUGGACAGAGUCGUGUCCUCAUCACCACGGACGUCUGGGCGCGUGGUAUUGAUGUCCAGCAGGUGUCUCUGGUCAUUAACUACGAUCUGCCCAACAAUCGUGAGCUCUAUAUCCAUCGAAUUGGUCGAUCCGGACGCUUUGGGCGCAAAGGUGUCGCCAUCAAUUUCGUCAAGAGCGACGACAUCAGGAUUCUCCGGGACAUUGAACAGUACUAUUCCACGCAGAUUGACGAGAUGCCCAUGAAUGUGGCAGAUCUAAUCUAAUUGUAAUUCAACACAUUUUGUAUUUAAUUCGCUCAUUUAUCUCAAAUUAUUCAUAAUUUUUUGGUGGAAUAAACUCUUAACACACAACAAA